UACGGUGAGAAUGCUUCUCAAUCCAGAAGCAUCUUCACGAAGCUAUAAACAUACCUGGUGAGACACCAUGAAAGAGCAGGGAUAUCCUGACGAAAUAGACGAUGAAGGCUUUACGUAUCGGAAAAGCAAAAAAUUCAUGGUGGUCCCCGAACCAAUGCCAACACCAGUCCGAAAAUCCGUUUUUACCUCUAUCACACCCACUGCCUUGAAAGACAUUGAGCAGGCUGUUGCCAGAGCCAAAAAGCAAGCAGCACAUACAGCUCAGGAUUAUGUCGUCCCACUAAAUGACCGUGUUUCGACCAUACAUAGGCGCAGUGGUCGGAAAUCUAGCUGGAUGCCCUCUAACAUGAGAACAUCGUCAUUCGCCAGCAAUUCAUUUCUAGAUCAACCGCCACCCAAUGUCAAGCCGAGUGACUAUUACCUGUAUACACCGUCGAGAGUUCCUGAUCCCCUUCGCAUGCGCCAAGUGUUGGCAUGGUGUGCUCGGAAUGUGACAGACAAACAAUGGAAGCUGGGAAGAGAAGGCGUUAUAGACAGCAAGGCAGCUACGGCGGCAUCACAUAUUCAAGAUACCCUCAUCAAAAGUUUAUUGAACGGUCAGAUCAACACGUCAUGGUAUCAUCGACCGCUUGCGCGGCGAGAGAAUGAAACCGACCGAUCGGCAUCGCCCAAUCCAGUCAAUGUAAAAAAUGCGAAAAUUUUGCAAAAGUGGUCAUCCAUUAUAGAGAAUUUUGACGCAGAAGAUAGGGUGUGGAAUCAGACAGCCGCCAAGUACAGUGCCAUGCAUGCGAAGGCUCUGGAUACGUACACGAACAUUGAGGACGACAGCCAAAUCUCCGCCAAAUGGCAUACAUCAUGGUUAGAGGCGCUCUCGCCUAUAGAACAGCAGUUUCUCAAUCAUCACUGCUUUAAUGAUGAGGGUGUUCAGGUACUGGAUUUGAUAGAUCGUGCUGUUGAAGACCUACAGGCAAAGGUCGACUUGAUUGAACACGCAACUAGUAAUGCAAUGGCGCACAUGAAGAACACUGACCACACCGCCCAUGAUAUCUUGAAAACGCUCUCAUUUGCCCUCAAUCGAAAAUUAAACGCCCCUCACAACCGAGACCACGCGCCGGAUGGCAAGCCUCUAUCCCCAGAUCCAAGCCUAUUGUUGCGAAUGAUCAGUAGCAAAAAGUAGAUGCUGGUGUUGUACCGACUAACGCAGCAUAACAAUUUUGUGAAAUACCCCCAGUAUUUUUACAGCUGUAAAUAAUAACCUUUGAAAUAUUGCACAACGUGAACUCAGUCACCGUUUU